AUGCUUGGAGGAGGAAGUGAGCAGCGAAGGUGCGAUUGGAUACAUUAGUGAUCGGAAAUACGGCCUCUGCUGAGUUACGCUGGCGGUCGGAUACAUUUUGGAAUCCUGAUACACGACCUUUUCCUCGGAUACAUUUUGAAAUCGGAUACGCGGCUCCUUCCCUGGGACGUUCCUGUGCUUGGGAUGGAUACAAUGUGAAUGUCGACUUGAUCUGCCAUUCAAGUGAUCGCUUCACUUAAGGGUUUGAAAUUUUUGCAAAACGGCCCUAGUCUCUUGGCUUGAAACAUGUGCAAUGGGAUGAUUGUGCGGAAGAGCCACAGGCAAUACCGAGCAACACUGAUCUUGGUGCUCCUCCUCUGCAUCUCCAAAGGAUUAGCGUCAAAUGACAACUGCCGGCACCCAUUUCAACCGGAAAAUGGGGGUUUCGCUUGCCACCCUUCACCCUGUAACAACUUUGUGGCCAACACGGUCAUCGAGUACUUCUGCCACGAGGGCUACACGCUGAAGGGAGACUACAAGUACCUGACCUGUGCGAGUGGAGAGUGGGAACCCGCCAUGGAGGUCAGCUGCAGAUUAAGUCAAGAUAAAACCUUGGAGCCAAGUAUUGGAGUGCCAACUCUAUCAAUCGUGGCGUCCACUGCCAGUUCUGUUGCCCUGAUCCUCCUCUUGGUAGUUUUAUUUGUUUUGCUGCAACCAAAACUGAAGUCAUUUCACCACAGCAGACGGGAUCAGGGAGUGUCUGGGAAACCAAGUUCCAUCGUGGUGGACGGAGUCCCCGUCUCGCUGCCCUCUUACGAAGAAGCAGUCUACGGCAGUUCGGGCGCAGCCAUCGCACCUUCUGGCUCCCGCGUCCAGAUCGUCAUGGCGGAGGGUCCAGCGGCGGGCACCCCGGGGCUGGGGGAGGCUGUCUGCCGCGGCAGGGGUGCCGACCCCUGCCCGGCGAGCCCCAGAGAGAUCGAAGCCCAGGCCAGCACCAGCCGCUCAGAGACUGUUUUGAUCCACCGCCCCGCCCCCUCCUCGCCCACGGGACCCCGUGGAUCUCCCCUGAGGCUGUCGCAGUCUUCGGACACUCAGGACACGGACAGCAGCGACGUUCAGAGUCUCCUGUCUCUUGCCUCGCCUGCAGGAUCUACUGAUGAUAUUCCACUGCUCAAGGAUGCUUAACACGAUCGGUGUGAGGUAAACUGCUCAGCUUCAUCCUCCUCUUCAGUACUUGAUCCUCCAUCUCCAAUUGACUCGCUCUAUUUCAAGACCUCUCGCAGGAGUGUCAUUCACCGCCUGCUGAUGUCGUGUAUGACAGGGAUGUGACAGUGGCAUGUUCAGUACUGGGCAUAUUCUGGCAGUGGAAUUAACCUGUGCGAAUGAAAGGCUGCCUUCAUUCAAACUGGUUAAUUUUGGGAAAGGUGACUGUGUAGCAAAGGACAGAUAAAAUCUAAUAUUUGCAAUAGAGGGCUUGGAUUUGAGGUUCCACAGUGGGUGAUAGCUUGAUCUGUGCAUUUUAACCACACUUUCUGGUUUGGUCCUUGAUGCCAUUCUUGUGUCCACUUCAUUCGGCUGCUGCCCAGUCCACUUGACGUUAGGCUAGUCAAUCUCCAGCUGCUACUUGAAACUUAAGAACAUCAGAAACAGAAGCCAUUCAGCUCAUGUGUGCUCUGUUAUCCAAUGGGAUCAUGACUGAUUCUGUAUCUUAUCCACUUUGCUGCACGAUUUCCACCUUAGCCCUGGAUUCCCUUAAUCUCUAAAAUUAUAUCUCUCUGACUUGAAUAUUGAGCAUCCAUAGCCUUCUGGGCUAGAGAAUUCCAAAGAUUUAAAACCCUCUAAGUAAUUUUUCCAUGUCUUGAUCCUGAACAGUUAGCCCCUUUUCCUGAGACAAUGCUCUCCAGCA